AUGCUGUUCGAUCCAAAUGAGGCACUGCAAAGCACCAAGGACACGAAGCCAAUCACUAUGGGCCAUGAGGCCAGUGGUUUGGUUGUCACUGUUGGAUCUGACGUUACCGGCUUCAAAGAAGGUGACCCAGUUGGGUUCAUUUGUGCCGAGAAGUCUUGCUUUGAGUGCUAUGCGUGCAAGAAUGUUCACAACCUGUGGUGCGAGAAAGGCCAACAGCAAAUGGCCGGCUUCGCGUGCGAUGGAUACUUCCAGGAGUAUGCAACUGUAGACGCGCGGAAUGCAAUGAUACUCCCUGCCAGUCUCUCGCCCUUAGAUGCCGCACCCUUGUUUUGUGCUGGUGUUACAGCUUAUCAUGCGAUUGAUGACCUGAAGCUCGAGCCCGGCAAGUGGGUUGCUGUCAUAGGUUGCGGUGGCCUUGGUCACCUUGGAAUACAAUAUGCAAAAGCUAUGGGCUACAAUGUAAUCGGGCUUGAUAUUGCCCAAGCAGCCCUGGAGGAAGCCGAGGCAUCCGGAGCUGAGCACGUCUUCAACUCGAUGACCGACACCGACUACGUACAUAAAAUUCUCGACAUCACCAGUGGAGGGGUCCAUGCUGCGGUGAACUUUACAGCUUCAGGCAAAGCAUACGCUGCGACACCAUCGAUUAUACGUCCCUGCGGGAUUUUGAUGGCGGUCGGUAUUCCCAAAGAACCCAUUCUAGUCAACGUCUUCGAUAUCGCUAUGCAUCGGUUUCAGAUGCGAGGGUCAAAUAAUGGAACAUGCUACAACAUGAAACAAGCCAUAGAAUUCAGCGCGAAACAUGGCAUCAAGCCCACAAUCGAGAUCUACAGACUUGAGCAACUACCGGAGAUGGUGGAAAAGAUGACUACUCAUAAAGCACGAGGUCGAAUGGCGGUCCAUUUUGAUUAG